AUGGACUUGGCGGCCGCAGAUCUUCAGAACUACCAGCUGGCUCGCCAGCUGCACAUGUUGCCUCAACUGUACGAUGUUUUUGUUUCGCAAGUGAUGUGCUACCCGAUGUUCUACCAGUCGCUCCACCCUGCUGUGCGGCAGCUAGCGCGUGUGGUCUUGCUGUCGCUAAACCGCCGCUUCAACGCCAGCGCGAGCGCCACGGGGGAAGCGCCUGUUGCGCGGCGCUACCAGGUCGACAGCAUGCGCCUGGUUCUCGCGUUUCUUUCGUUCCCGGAGUACCACACCGAUCGAGUGAGCUGCGUAUCCCGCCUCAUUGCUGCCGCUCCGCUGAACAAGCUGGAGCUGGGCACCCCAAUGCAAGGGGUUGUCGCCGCCCCUUCGGGGAGUCGUGAAGCUACACCAAGCACCUUGACUCCGCAGCGUGCGGACCCGCCCAUCGCCACUACGACACCGUCCGAGCUGCUGUUACCACCGCAGGUGGUAGAGGACGCGUCAUCCGGAAGAGCAUCCGGCAGCGCUUCCCCGGCCAGCAAGCCUGCACAUCCACCGACGGCAGCCGCCGCGGCUGCCGUGACGGGCGUGCUGUCCAGGGCUCUGUUUUUUAUCCGCCCAACCGCGGCCACGGCGCACGCAGACCGCACGGCGCCGCAUUUUGGCGAAACAGCGCACCUCUACGUGCGCAUGGUGCACCCACAUCAGCUCAAUGAGGAGUCGCUGAACCCGUACUUUGGCCGCUACGGCCAGGUAGAUGUUACGCCACUACAGCGGAUACCUGUGCAGCGGUAUGUGCAGUACCUUGGGGAGACUGCCACGGAGGCGCUGCUUCACCUCUUCCCGUCCACUGAGUCGGGCGACACGCUCUACGUGCAGGACUUCAUCAUCACCGUUGAUUCCCAUCAGAACGCGCUGUACGCGGUGCGCCAUGCGUACUGCAAGGAGCUUGUCUGCAUUGCCCUUCACGACGCGACCGCAGGCGGUGGCAGCAACACUCAUUGCUUGGCAGACGUCAACAACUGGAUGCGGCGGCACGCGUUUGUGUGGCGGCUCCGCGCUAAUCCUCGCGCCGUCGCGAGUGAAGCGUCGGCCGCUGCAGCCGCUGCCGCGCACUCCUCCGCAGCGGCCGAGAAGCGGCGCAAGCGCGCGCGUGCGCGGCGUCGUCGGCACGAGCGGAAGAUGAAGCGCCGCUCGAUCCUCGGCAUCGCUGUCGACGACACGUCAUCCACGGCAUCAUCAGAGGAGAAGGUCACUGGGAAGGGUGCAGGCAGCAGCGCCAGCAGCAGCGGCGGCAGCAGCAGCUCUGACUCGUCUUUUUCCCCCACAAGCGAUGGCGACAGCGCAGCGGACGACUUGGAGGGCUUUGUACCGGACAUUGUUAUCGACGGCUUCCCGUACUGGACGACGGAGGACCAGCUGAAGGUGUUGCUGCAGCAGUACGGCACCGUCGCGGAGAUGCGGCUCUCCGUAGACGACUUGUCCGGCGCCUUCACCGGCUGUGUACUGGUGCGCAUGGCGUCCGUGGAGGAGGCGCUGGCCCUCUCUCGGGCGGUGCACAAUAUCCUCUACCGCGGCUAUUCUCUCAUCAGUGGCGUGGUGAACGAGCGGCUGGAGGUGGUGGCGCUCGAGGAUGGCCGGGAGGUGCGCGUGCAGUCCAUUCCAGAUCAGGUGCCGCCCGACCCCACGCUGAACGAGCGUGUCUGGGUCUGA